UAUCGCCGGACAGACAAAACAGUUCUAUAUAAUUUCAAACAAUCACCGGGAUACUUUUACAUUAUGAAUACAUGAAUGACUAUUUCAACGAUUGAACUUUCCCCGCAACACUAUUUUUCCAGUCUCGUGAUCUCUUGGACUAAAGAUGUCAGGCUAGUUAUGUUUAUUAGCUUUUUCUUUCUUUUUUUUCUUUUCUUUUUUUUCUUUUCUUUUUUUUUUUUUCUCCGCGAAGUGUUUUACUGCUUAUUUCUAUCAGCUGUUAUCUAAGGAUACCUAAUGUUAUCCAAUCCACGGGGAGACCCAGCCUAAUUGAUGAAGCUUUUGCUCAGGCAGUUGGAUCCCUCCUCAAAGGUCCUGGUUAUUCUGUUUUACAGGAGGGAAACUUCACUAUCUAGUUAGCUAGCUAUAAAUUGUUUCGAGUCUGAUUUAGGUUACCCAAACAUUAGCUAGUUGUUUUCUAGCACAAAGAACUACAGAGUAUUUUAUCUGAACAUAGGUUUACGUCCAUCAUUUUAAGGCGCCACGAGUCAUGUCUGGUAUAGCGUUAAGUCGUCUCGCGCAGGAACGGAAGGCAUGGCGGAAAGAUCAUCCAUUUGGCUUCGUAGCUGUUCCAACCAAAAACCCAGAUGGAACCAUGAACUUGAUGAAUUGGGAGUGUGCUAUUCCUGGAAAGAAGGGGACUCCUUGGGAGGGAGGCUUGUUUAAACUGCGGAUGCUCUUUAAGGAUGACUACCCUUCCUCCCCUCCAAAGUGUAAAUUUGAACCUCCCCUGUUUCAUCCCAACGUAUACCCAUCUGGCACAGUGUGCCUGUCAAUUUUAGAGGAGGACAAAGACUGGAGGCCCGCUAUUACAAUCAAGCAAAUCUUGUUAGGAAUUCAAGAACUCCUAAAUGAGCCGAACAUUCAGGACCCAGCACAAGCUGAGGCAUAUACAAUUUACUGCUGACUAGCAGACUACGUUCUAAGAUGCAGUUUUUCCAAAACAGAGUGGAAUAUGAAAAAAGAGUCCGAGCACAAGCCAAAAAGUUUUCUCCAUAAGCCUCGACGUUUUGCCGCAAAGGAAAGAGAUUUGAUGAGGUCCUUGCAGUCACUCCUCACCACCCCUGCCCAACCCUCAUCCAUUUCACAUUAAUUCUCACCUGGAUUUAAAGAGAAUUCAAUGUCUUGUGCCAUUCAGUCCAGUGACACUCGUCUAACAAAGCACUCUCUUGGCUCUUAAUUUGUCUUUAUUUCCUUCUGAAAGAGGUAGUGUCGCCAUUGCCCCGUUGAAGCUAAAUCAGGGCACAGACUCUCCUUCCAGAGGGCUGCAGGUCUACAUGGUUCCAUUUUCCCCCGUCCCCCUCCUUGCUCUGGCCUGCUUAGAUUCGUGAUGGGCUUGGUAAUUACCUGAUGAGACUAAUCAGGCAUGUCUGAGCAGGGAAAACAAACUACAGUAAUGUGGCCAUUCUGGUCUGCAGAAGAUGACAUUUUGGAGAUACGGAGUUUGUACUUUGUACGUGCAGGAAAAGGCACUGAGAAUUGAUCCAUAUGCAGCAUAAUGAAAUUGUAUUCCACGUACGAAGUUAUGAACAUAACUUGCUCUUUUUUUCAUUCUUUCAGACUGGCCUUCUUUAAACUCUUCCAUGGUUUAAUGAUGUAAGACAAUUACUUAAAUGUCAGUAUUUCAGCUGCUGUAAAAUGAUACUUUUAUACUUCCUUGAUUUUGAAUUAGUGUCUCUAGAACUUUCAUUCCUGGUGCAGGCAGUGUAGACAGCAUGUAAUAGACAGUAUGAUAGCAUUGUGCUGCCUUGGCCAACUAAAUAUGUUGUGCAAAAAAGAAAGGCCUCUGAAUCAAAACGGAAAGGUGGAUUAGUUUGUUGCUGCAUCACUCUUUGUGUUAAUAUGGUGUUUUUGUUCAUGUGAGUGUUUAGAGUAAAUAAAAAUGUUUAUACAAAAUUA